AGAGAGAAACUGAUAGUGGCGCCCAUCAGGAUGAGAAGGGAACCCAAUCAAGGGUAUAGUCGAGUGAGAUAAGUGUAUCACAGAGAAAGAGAGAGAGGAUGACAGAAGGUGUCCCUCUCCCCAGCGUCCAGCCCCCGGCUCUGACGUCAUAGGCUGAGAGACACAAAACAAGCUGCUCUCAGCUGAGCUCCUCACUCGCUUUCCACUCACACACAUACCCUCCAACGCACAUUCGCUCCUGCCCUCAGACAUGCUGUAACACUUGCUUCAACACCCGCUCAGCCCUGAGAUGCUACACACGGGCGUGCAAUCAUCUCCACGCCAAAACACUGCGCUGUAGCAACAGGAGAACCACUUGGUCUCUCUCACCUCUGGACUGAAUCAUGAUCUUGUGAGCGAUGCCUUUUUCAGUGUGAAGCUGCCGACCGGAGCCCGCUGUGGGAAAAGGAGCGCUCCCAACUCUCGACCCUGACCCCGUCCCAAAAAGCAGCAGAUGUGACAGAAGAGGAGAGGCAGAGAGAGAAACACCAUCUCCCCCACCCCUCCUUCCUUCAUCUGAGAGAACAAUACCCAGCCUCCAGUCUGAGAGGGUCGGCUUUUGUCCCCGUGCCAGUGCACCCGCUUAAGAGCGAAGAGCAGACAGACACGCUGACACAUUGACCUGCUGCUGUGAGUGGAAAACGCAGUGAAAAACAGUCACUGUGCUUUCUGCACUUUGAUUCAGUACUUGGACAGCUUCUGAGCAACAGCUGGUGUGUGUGUGUGUCCUUUCAUGAGUGCGUAAAGAGACUCUGUCUGGUGAGGAAGCUGAAUUUGGCUUGGGGACCAAGAACCACAGAUGCAGCCCUCGUGUUCGCUCCAGCUGGGCCCCCGCGGCCCCUCUCCAUCCCUGGGAUCACAGGGCAGCACGGCCAGCCUCAAGCAGCUGGAGGAGAAGCAGCUCUUUGAGAAGUUUUGGAAGGGGACUUUCAAGGCUGUGGCCACACCAAGACCAGAAAGCGUGAUUGUGGCCAGCAUCACCGCCCGCAGGAGGGUGACUGACUCGGAAACAACAGUCUGCCAGUUCAAGAUAGAUGAGAGGACCGCGAUUGACAGCAGGGUGGACACCGCCGACAGAAAUGGCUGUUCCAAAACAAAAGGACACAAACACCACAAUCAUCGCAGGGUCAGGAACCCGUCCUUUGAUGAGGAGCUCUCCCCUCGCCCCAAGGGGAGGAAGAAGAGGAGAAAGUCUGAACGGAAGAGGAAAAGGAAAAGGUCUUCUUCCCACAGCCUGUCGCCACCGAGGAAGAAGAAAAAGAAGAAGAAGAAGAGCUCCAAGAAAAGCAAACGGCAUAGCUAUACUUCCAAGAAGUCAAAACACAGCUCUUCAAGUUUAAAACAUAAGAGGAAGGAUGAGCGCAAGCACAAGAAAAGUUCCCGGACUUGCUCACGACGGAGACGACGCUAUCGGAGGUCAGAGACGGACACUUCUUCCUGCCAAUCUUCCACAGAUGACAGACACCAUCUGCACAAAUCUGUGGUACAUCCGACAUUAGGACACCUGGCAGCUGCAGGAGAGGAAACCAACGGAGUGCUCGACCACAAGGACAUGAAGUGGAGACCUGCAACCAAAUCAGUGUGUAAAACAGCUCCCAAAUAUCGAUCCGUCCUCUCAACCAGCACCAUUUUGUCCUCAAAACCUGGAGGAGAGCUUUUACAUGGAAAAGGGCCUCAGCAGUUAUCGAGUCAGACCGAAGUUCCGCACGAUUACGAUUCUGGGAAUGACACAUCUUCACCACCAUCGAGCAAAACAGGUGUUUCUCGAACAAGUGUCACUGACAAGAAGAAUCACUGUCAACGUCUGGCCUCACCAGAGAAGCUGAAGUUCACUGACAGAGACAAUGCCUCUGACUCAGGAAACUCUGUGACCAGCUACGCUUCCUUGUGCAAACCAUAUGGGGAGGACGGCCUGUCUGCGACCAUUUUCACUGCAAGCGACAAGAGAGAGCAGAUAACCUUGGGGUGUCGGGUACAGGCUGUGAGGUCUCCAAAGGCUUCCAGCUGUUCACAGAGGAUGAGCAAGUCGUUUCAAAGGCGACUGAAAACUCGGUCAUCCAGCAGCAGGAGCAGGAGCAGGUCCUCAAGGAGUUCCAGAUACUCUGGACGCUACUCUCGAAGCCCGUCGCUGUCAUCUUGCAGCUCAUACUCACGUUCACCGAGUUAUUCAACUGACCUGAGGCGACGAGGCAGCGUGGCGAGCCUGAGCUCCAGAGGAAGCUACUCCAGAUACAGUGCAGACAGACUGCGAGACAGAAAGAGAACACCUAGCUCUAGAGGGACAGAUGUGAAGCAUGCACAUAAGGUUAGUGGGAAGAGACGAAGACGCAAAUCCUACUCUCCUAUGAAGAAAAGGAGGAGAGACUCGCCGAGCCAUCUGGAAGCACGCCGAAUCACAAGUGCCAGGAAGCGACCCAUCCCAUACUUCCGACCAAGUCCUUCCUCCAGCGGUCGGUGCACUUUUUUUUUUCUCACGCCCCCACCCCCAGCCGCAGCCUGA